AUGUAUGCAAUAAGAGAGAGAGAGAGAGAGAGAGUAUUCAUUCUAUUGAUUGUACUUUUUAAAACUAAUACAAUUUACUUUUAUUUGUGUAGGGACAUUUCACAAAUAUUAUCAUUAUUAAAUCAAAGACAGAAACAACAAGUAGAACCAACGGUUGCUGCACCAUCACCAAUCAAUAAAGAUAAAUAUGUCGAACUAAAGAUUGUAGAUGACAGUAAAUUCAAUUACUUUAACAAACAAGAUAUUAUUGAUCUAGAAACAAAAGGUUAUCUUGUAAAAGAUCAAUUUUUAACAAAUACUAAAGAUCAACAAGAACAACAACAAUUAUCAAUUCAAGAUAUAUAUUUGGAAUGUGAUGGAUUAUAUGAAUCAAAGAAAUUAAAAGAGGCAAAUAUGAGUAGAGGUGAUGGUAAAUGGAAUGAUAAAUCGAUUAGAUCAGAUUCUUUGGUAUGGCUAAACAAAGAGACCAACAAAGAUCUACAAGAAGGAAGACUACCAAACAUAUCAAAGUUAUUGCAACGUAUAGAUAAUCUUCGAAUCGAGCUAAACAAUACUAUCAACUAUGCAAGUGAAAAGACUCAAACUCAAUUAGCCAUCUAUCCAAACGGUGGAAGAUAUGUUAAACAUUGUGACUCUUUUCUUGGUGGGAAUAGUCGUAGAAUAACAAUCAUCUAUUAUCUAAACUAUGAAUGGAAACAACAAGAUGGUGGACAACUACGUCUCUACGAUGGACGUAAUGGUUCAACAUCUGAUGUUGACCCAAUAGGAGACAGAGUAUUAAUUUUCCUUAGUGAACAUAUUGAACAUGAAGUAUUGGAAUCAAAUUGUGAUAAAAGAAUGGCAAUUACAACUUGGUUAUAUUAA